AGUUCUGCAGAGGGCCAGGACUCUUCCAGAAGCCAGGAACAGUGCACCGUGAAUGUUUGCUAAAGGAACGGUCUGUUUAAGUCCAGCCCCAGUUACAAAUUUACAGGAACUUAACUUUGUGCCAUGUAAACAGCAGCACCUACAAGAUGGCUAAGAAAUCACUCGCUGGAAGGCUCUAUCAAAUCUAACAGAGGUGUGAGAGAGCUGAAUUGUGCAAGGAGGUGCAGUGAGCGUCACAUGAAGAAACGGAGGGUUUCUGACUCUUGCUGUCUGGGUUGCCCCAGAAAGUGAGGAUGAAAGCUUCGGUGGACGAAGAGGGUGGCUGUGCACUCUGAAUUUUCUGGCAUGGAUCUGUUUGAGGAUUACAAAUCGCCCUUCGAUUUCAAUGCUGGAGUGAACAGAAACUACCUUUACCUGUCGCCUGGCAUUAACCUUUCUCCACCCGGAUCACCUACGCUGGCGAAGUCUGGGCUGCUGAGAAGUGACUCCAUACCUGAGGUUGGAGAGGAUGCUGCUGCUACAGUUGGAAUGGCAGAAACACUUUCAGAAGAAGAGCAGGAUGAGCUAAGAAAAGAGCUUGCUAAGGUGGAAGAGGAAAUCCAGACGCUCUCACAAGUGCUAGCUGCCAAAGAGAAGCACCUAGCAGAAAUCAAGAGAAAGCUGGGGAUUAACUCGUUACAGGAACUAAGGCAGAACAUUACCAAAAGCUGGCAAGAUGUUACAUCAACCACAGCAUACAAGAAAACCUCAGAAACCCUGUCUCAGGCUGGUCAGAAGGCUUCUGCGGCUUUUUCGUCUGUUGGUUCAGUUAUAACCAAGAAGUUUGAAGAUGUCAGAAAUUCUCCUACUUUCAAAUCCUUUGAGGAAAAAGUUGAAAGUUUGAAGUCUAAAGUUGGAGGAAGCAAACCUGCCGGGGGAGACUUUGGAGAAGUCCUCAACUCUGCUGCCAACGCCAGUGCCACAGAAACUAUUGCAGAACAGACACAGGAGGAGACCCACUGAGAUUCCUUCCUCUGUCCUGCUACCCACUGCCAGAUGCUGCAAGGAAAAACUAAGCACACCUGUAACAUUCUCUGCGCUCUCCCUCCACCAGAUGUGCUUUUAUUUAGCACGUAGCUGUUUUACCAGAUUAACUGAUACCAAGCUUGUUUGUGAGUUCAAAAUAUUUUUGAAACUAAAAUACAUUGUUUGGGGUUUUGUGUGGGAAGGGGAAUUUUUAUGCCUUUCAAGCAUUUAAAGGACUUAUCUGUAAUUUGAAGGCAACCUUUAAAAUAUAGCAAUGAAAAAACUCUUUUGAGAAGUUAAUUAUACUGUACAUAUACUGUAGAUACAUAAUUUCCUCUGGAUCUGUAACUACCGCUCAAGUUAAUCAUUAUGAAUCUACUGCUGCUGCCAAACUGGAGCUUCUUACUCCACUCCCUUGUGAUUAUUUCAGUUAAGUGUUGCCUGCACGGGACACCAGAUAGGAGGAUCACUCCCACCUAAAGCAAGGACCGCUGCUUCAGCAGCCUUUAAACAAGUUACUUAUAGCGGGAUCACACAGGGGUAGGAACACACUGUCUUGUGAGUGUGUUCCUCGUACAACAGAUGUGGAUAGGGUCAUACGUAACAUGUAAAACUUACAGAUUUGUCUGUGGAUUAUCCACCUAGGAAACUUCUGGCCAUCACAAAUGGAAGCGACAUGCCUGAUAGUGCUGGUUUGCUUCAGUUACAACAACGUUUUCAGUCUUGCUUUUUGUGUAUGACGUUAGUGUGGUAA